AUGGCUGACGACUACUCUUUUGAAUAUUUCACUGUGCGACUUCCCUCCGACCAUAAAUAUGUGGCUCAUGUGGAGAUUAAUCGCCCGGAAAGGUUGAAUGCCUUUAUCGAAGUGAUGUGGUUAAAUAUGGCCAAGAUCUUCAAUAAGCUCUCCAUAGAUCCUAAUGUCCGUGCGAUCGUCCUCAGUGGCGCCGGAGACAAGGCGUUCACCGCCGGGCUAGACGUGAAGGCGGCUUCUGAGGGCCUGUUGUCAUCAGAGACAAGCACGGACCCAGCCCGAAAGGCGGCCGCUCUCCGUCGUCACAUUUCCGAAUUCCAGGAUUGCAUCAGCGCAGUUGAGCGCUGCGAGAAACCCAUCGUGGUCGCUCUCCAUGGAUUUUCUCUGGGACUCGCCAUCGACCUGGCAACAGCAACGGAUGUGCGUAUCUGCUCUCGCGACUCCCGAUUCGCCGUCAAGGAGGUGGAUAUCGGACUUGCAGCAGACAUUGGCACCCUGAGCCGACUUCCCAAGGUAGUCGGGAAUUUCGGGUGGGUAAAGGAAGUGGCAUUGACAGCGCGCGAGUUCGGAGCAGAGGAAGCGCUGCGUGUUGGAUUCGUGAAUGCAGUCUAUGACAAUCGUGCGGCUACAGUUGCAGCUGCCCUCAAGCUUGCUACUUUGAUGGCCAGCAAAAGUCCCGUGGCUGUACAGGGAACCAAGGAGAUCCUCAACUACUCGCGCGACCAUUCUGUACAGGAUGGACUACGAUAUACAAGCGUGUGGAAUAGCGCGGCUUUGCAAACGCAGGAUGUAUCAGCUGCUCUACUCUCGGGGCUACAGAAGCGUGCUCCAACAUUUGAGAAGCUAUAG